AUGGCACCCAACCAACGUGAUGAACGGCUGCGCUCGGGCCCUGCGCUUGAAGCUGAGCCCAAGCCCUACGACCCAAAUCCUCCACCGAUUCACCCGUCGUUCAUCCAGGUAGCUCGUCCCUUCGUCUUUGAGGAGACAAUCCAAGGCUGCCUGGAUGCGAUGGGUGUUAAUCGCACCCGUGAGGAGUCUCUGCGCUUGCUGGGUGUUGCAUGGAUCGACAAUGUCCGACGGGCCCUACACCUCCCCGUGCGGACUUCCAACACUGCGGUGAAGUAUUAUCACCGAUUUCGCCUGAUCCAUCCCGACAGUGAAUACAACUACGUGGAUGCUGCUGCCGCUGCUCUGUUCACUGCAUGCAAGAUCGAGGACACGCUGAAGAAGUCCCGGGACAUUGUGUGCGCAGCUUACAACCUCAAGUUGCUCCCCUCCGAGCAUCUGACCCCCGAUGAUCCUGUAUUUGAGACCAACGCCCGUAGCGUCAUUGGUCUCGAGCGGCUCAUGCUGGAAGCUUUUGGCUUUGACUUCCGUACCCGUCACCCCCAGAAGCCCUUGAUCAAGCUGGCCCGCCACUGCAACUUCACAAAGGAGUCAAAGGUCUACUAUCUGGCCUGGGAAAUUUCCUUGGAUCUGUACCGCACCUUUGCGCCACUGAAGCAGACCACGCAGACCAUGGCAUUCAGUUGUCUUGAGCUAGCAGUCCGACUCUUGGACCAGCGCUGCGAACCCCUCGAGUCUGGAGUGGACUACGCAAAGUGGAGCACCAGCCGUGGAGCAGUUAUGGAAACCCUCCUUGACUUGCUCGAGCUGUACACACACAGCCGUACUCAAACCUCCGUCGGCCCUAAUUUCCCACCGGAUCAGUUCCUCAAAGUCCGCAUCCCCCUCAACCAAGAGAUCAAAGACAAGCAGAUCCCACGGUACACUAGCCCCUGGAAUAUGGGUGAUGGAUCCGAGCAACAUGAUGCUCGUGGAAAACAGCCCGAUAACCGCCAACGCCCUUAUCAUCCACUGACACCGGUUGCCGCCAAUGGAGACCGCCGCGGAGAGAGUGAGCGUGGUCGAGAUGCGCCGCUGCGGUUCAUUCUUGACCCGGCCUGGGCGGCGGAGGAGAAGAGACAAGUCGGGGAGUACUUCAAGGUGGAGAUGGAGGAAUACGAGGUCGAGGAGUGA